GGUGGGCUGCGCCGACGCAGUGGCGGUCCUUCUGGGGGUGAUGACGUCACCUACCCGCCGCUCGGCCGCCUCAAAGGAUGGUCCGGCCAGGACGGCUCCGCGAGUCCUCGCUUGCUCAGUCAUUGGAGCUCGGCGGCGGUGGCGCUGCUGCGUUUCGCCUUCCCCGGUCCGAUAUGCUCAACCGAUGCUGCUGAAUGAAGAUGCCGAAGGGGUCGGCGACGGCAUUUCUCUGUUCGGACGACGCGGAACGGCGAGCGAAUUAAAAAGCGUUGCUUUGGCGAGUCCGACGGCUGCGUGUUUGUGUGGAAGCGCGCGCGCGACGCUGGCGUGUGUAAAUGGCAACGCGGUGCACAUCCGGGCCACAAUGCCGUGACUCCAUUACUGUUUAUUCACUGUGAAACUGGCGAAAGACCUACUAAAGGGAUCAUAUUGAUAAUAUUCUGCGGCCGCACGUCAAACUGGAAAACGAAGGGACAUGUCUAAUCAGGGGGUUAGGAGAAACGGACCGGUAAAAUUGCGGCUAACAGUCCUUUGUGCGAAAAACCUGGUGAAGAAAGACUUCUUUCGUCUCCCGGAUCCCUUUGCCAAGGUGGUGGUGGAUGGAUCAGGUCAGUGUCAUUCCACUGACACCGUGAGGAACACCCUGGACCCAAAGUGGAACCAACACUAUGACCUAUACAUCGGCAAGUCCGACUCCAUCACCAUCAGCGUGUGGAACCACAAGAAGAUCCACAAGAAGCAGGGCGCCGGCUUCCUGGGCUGCGUCAGGCUCCUGUCCAACACCAUCAGCCGGCUCAAAGACACUGGCUACCAGCGAUUGGACCUCAACAAGCUGGGGCCCAAUGACAGUGACACAGUGAGGGGCCAGAUUGUGGUGAGCCUACAGUCUCGGGAUCGCAUUGGCUCGGGGGGGUCCGUGGUGGACUGCAGCCGCUUAUUCGACAACGAUCUACCUGACGGCUGGGAGGAGCGGAGGACGGCCAGUGGCAGAAUCCAGUAUCUGAACCACAUCACACGCAGCACGCAGUGGGAACGGCCCACCAGGCCGGCCUCGGAGUACUCCAGCCCGGUGAGGCCCCUCAGCUGCCUGCUGGACGAGAACACGCCGGUGUCGGAGGCCGACGGCGCCACCUGCAGUCCUGUGGGCGACCUGCGGGUGCAGGAGAGGCGCGUACGAUCCCAGCGGCACAGGAAUUACAUGAGCCGCACACACCUGCACACGCACCCCGAGCUCCCCGAGGGCUACGAGCAGAGGACCACACAGCAGGGCCAGGUGUACUUCCUACACACCCAGACGGGCGUCAGCACGUGGCAUGACCCCAGGGUGCCCAGGGACCUCAGCAACGUGAACUGCGAAGAGCUGGGCCCGCUGCCGCCUGGCUGGGAGAUCCGUAACACGGCCACCGGCCGCGUUUACUUCGUGGACCACAACAAUCGCACCACGCAGUUCACGGACCCCCGGCUCUCUGCCAACCUGCACAGGGUGCUCAGUCCGAGUCCCACCAGCUGCCGGGUCGCCAUCGAGAGCCAGAACAGCAACCUCAGCCGCUACAGCCAGCAGCCGGAGCGCCCCCACCUGGUUCUGGGCUUGGAGGAGGCGGACUGCCUGCCGGUGCCUCGGUACAAGCGGGACCUUGUGCAGAAGCUGAAGAGCCUGCGGCAGGAGCUGGCGCAGCAGCAGCCGCAGGCGGGACACUGCCGCAUCGAGGUGUCCCGCGAGGAGAUCUUUGAGGAGUCGUACCGGCAGGUGAUGAAGAUGAGGCCAAAGGAUUUGUGGAAGCGGUUGAUGUUGAAGUUCAGAGGAGAGGAAGGCCUUGAUUACGGCGGGGUGGCUCGGGAGUGGCUGUACCUGCUGUCCCAUGAGAUGCUGAAUCCGUACUAUGGGCUGUUCCAGUAUUCGCGCGAUGACAUCUAUACACUGCAGAUCAACCCUGACUCUGCUGUGAACCCGGAGCAUCUGUCCUACUUCCACUUCGUGGGAAGGAUCAUGGGUGUAGCCGUGUUUCACGGUCACUAUAUCGACGGCGGCUUCACGCUGCCCUUUUACAAGCAGCUUCUGGGAAAGCCCAUCACCCUGGAUGACAUGGAGUCCGUGGACCCCGACCUGCACAACAGCCUGGUGUGGAUCCUUGACAACGACAUCACAGGCGUACUGGACCACACCUUCUGCGUGGAGCAUAGCGCUUACGGCCAGAUUGUGCAGCACGAGCUGAAGCCCAACGGAAAGAGCAUCCCCGUCAACGAGGAGAAUAAGAAAGAGUAUGUGAGGCUCUACGUCAGCUGGAGGUUUCUGCGCGGCAUUGAGGCUCAGUUCCUGGCCCUGCAGAAAGGCUUCCAUGAGGUCAUCCCCCAGCAUCUGCUGAAGCCCUUCGACGAGAAGGAGCUGGAGCUCAUUGUCUGCGGUCUGGGCAAGAUCGACGUCAGCGACUGGAAGGCCAACACGCGGCUGAAGCACUGCACGGCUGAAAGCAACAUUGUGCGCUGGUUCUGGCGCGCGAUCGAGUCUUAUGACGAAGAGAGGCGCGCUCGCCUGCUGCAGUUUGUCACCGGCUCAUCACGGGUCCCGCUGCAGGGUUUUAAGGCUCUGCAAGGUGCUGCUGGACCUCGACUCUUCACCAUCCACCAGAUCGACGCUGACACCAAUAACCUGCCCAAAGCCCACACCUGUUUCAACCGGAUCGACAUUCCGCCUUACGAAAGCUACGACAAGCUGUACGAUAAGCUGCUGACCGCCAUCGAGGAGACGUGCGGCUUUGCUGUGGAAUGACGGGGGCGGAGAGGCACGUGACGGCGGGGUCAGAGACGUCCCAGCGACAGGCUCCGUCUGCCGUCCUCCAUCUUUACACUCUACCUUGUUUUUUUUUUUUGUAAUUUCCUAUUUCAGCUGCUAAAAACAUUGAUGACUGCUAAUGCCCUGGACCCGCAGGAGCAGGGGCACCCUAAUCAGCAUUAAAGGGGGGGACAGUGUUCUAUAACAUAGACUCCACAAGCAGCAGAGAGGGGAUGUGGAGGGGGGGGGUCUAGCCUGGUGCUCCAGAGACCAGCCUGGCAGCUGAACUAGUCUCCUGUUCUUUUGAUUGCUUGAAUUAUUUUUAUAUGGUAAGAACUGUAAAGAAAAAAGAAAAAAAAAUAAUAGGAAAUUUUAACAAAUUAUUCCAAUACUUUUUUUUUAAGAAAAAGGUCAAAGUAUUCAUUUUUAAAUGCUAGACUUUUUGUGAAUGGGACAUAUGCUUGAAUGAAGUUCACCACUCUGACAGCAAGCUGAGAGGAGCUGAAGGGACGAUCUCCUCCACCUGUACUGACUGAGUGUUCUUUUAUAUAUUAUGCACCUCUUCCAUGCAGUCUGUUAUUAAAUUUAGCAUUUAACCAACAAAAUCAUAGUUACCAUGGAGCUGUAGAGGGUCGACGUUUCUUUGUACAGUCCUAAUUGCCAGUUUGCUUAUUGAACUAGACCAGGUUGGUGCUAAAUAAUUUCCCAGAAGACAUAUUAAGUGUUUAAUUUCAGCGUCCUUAAGAAAAAAUGAUGAUCUGUCCAGUGUGGGUGAGAGAAGCGUGACCCUGGCAGUCCUGAUGCCUUUUGCCCUGCGUGUUUUGGGUGAGAGAAAGCUGAAGGUGGGCAUUUUGCCUUGUAAUUUCAGAGCACUUUACAAGAAAAUACGGAGCAGUAGGUGCUUUUGUCACGUCGGUUUUAAAUGUCUGGUAACAUGCCAUAGUCUACUCCAGUGUUUCCCAAUCUGGUCCUCAGGGACCCGCAAGACGGUCCAUGUUUUUGCUCCUUCCCAGCUCCCGGUAGGUGGACUGUCUGGCAGGGAGCUGGGAAGGAGCAAAAACAUGGACCAGCUGCGAGUCCGCGAGGAGCGGAUUGGGAAGCACCGGUCUACUCCAAAGAUGUGUUCCAUUGGCAAGUACGAUGGCUCGUAUCUGCUUAUCUGCCUAUCCUUCGCUUACACAUGUCUUAAGUCCUUAAAUACCCACCAGACCUCGCACCCUGUUCUCAGGAGCUGCAGUCUUUCGAUGAAUAUAUUUUGUUAAGCUAACUCACUUGUGGGUACAUGAGUACAAAAUAUGUCUCACGAUAGCAUGUCUUAAACACUAUGUUGAGUUGUUCUUUCAUAAGAAAACUGGUGUCUGAAGGCGGGGUCAUCUCCCAUCUCCCGAUCUGAGCAUGUCUUCCAAACUCCUGGUCUUUUAAGAGGAUUGUAACGAUGUAACCCCAGCACACAUACAUCCUAUGCGCACGCCCUACAAGCAGCUCAGCAGCUAUGAUUUAAUUUUUUUUUAGUAUAAUUGUUGAAUGUGCUUUUUUGUUACACCUAAUGGGAAUCUAUUCAGAUCAUGAACGGUUUGCAGCAUUUGAAAUCACUCAAAAUGAAUAUUGAUUUUAUAUAUAUAUAUAUAUAGAUAUAACAAUGUAUGUAAAACUGUGUACAAUGUAAAAACUCUCAAUAGAGAAAAUUACGUAUUCCAAGGUUGGGCUUUGUACAGUAUAAGAUUCACAUAUGUGGAAGGCAGAACUUUUAAUUUAUGUUAACUUAAUAGGGGGGACUGAAAAAAAAGACACAAGAUGAUCCCUUUUGCACACAGACAAGCUGCAAGUCGUGGUACCUUCCAUCAAUUUACCGGAUAGUGUAUGUACUGAUCGUGAAUGUACACGCGCCGGUAUGUACGUACUGCGUGCAUAUGGAUUGCUUCCAGUUCGGAAUGUCAUUGCAUUACGAUUGAUCAUUCCGAAUGAUCCAUGGAUACAUUGGUUCUACUACAGUGCACUAUUCUUACAUUCUUACUAUUCUUACAACUGUACAUUGUUGAUCAGUGAUCUAUUUUACAAAACCCCAUACUUUCCUAGUAUUCUGUCUAGAAUUAGUACUGACUGGACUUGUUUUGUCUUCAUCUUUAAGCCUCCGUGUUUUACUAACGUCCAUUUUGUUUGUAUUUAUUACAGUAUGUGUGUUUACAACAUUCACUGUGUCUGUUCUGUGAGCUUGAAAACAUUUUUUUAACUGUAACAUUGUGUACACAUGCAGAGGAUGAGCAAUAAAAUAUAUACUGUUGUGGAACAAGAGUUCCUUUAUGA